AUGCCGAACAUAUUUCUUCGGGAAAAAGAAAAUACCUACUACGAAUGGUAUAGUUAUACCAUCAAAAACUAUUCUCAAGUCAUCAGUGUAACAAAACAAGUUUGGGCAGAAUGUAGAAUCUACGAAAGAGUGACGUAUAGUAUUAAAUACGAACAGCCUUGGACGGCGUCUUCAAGUGACUAUUUUAACGUAGCUUUGUAUGAUGCAGCGGAUAACUCGAAAAAGUGUAAGCCUAAGUUCACUUAUUAUUACGCUUACUCAGAUGGUCAAGUGGUUGACAAAUUGGAUGUGUACUACUCAUUGCUAAAACCUAAUAAUCCUCUUAUUGUUUCAUUCAACAGAAGGGACACAAACACGUAUAAUUGCUCAUAUCCUGGACUAAAAGGAUUAAAAUGGUUUUACGGUUAUGAUUUGGGUUAUUAUUCCAUGAAAAGAGAAUUAAAAGUGGAAUUAGACGAUCAAUACAAAGAGUUAUUAAAGGGCAAAAGGUUAACAUUUACCGCGGGUCCUUAUAGCAACGAAGAUAUUUUAGUAAAUGAAUAUGAUCUGGUCAAUAAGGAGUUUAAAAAACACAUAUACACACCAGAUGUUUCCAAAAGAGGCCCGUACGAAUUGUACAGUGGCAGUCUGUUUUUAGAUAAUUCUAGAAGUUCGGGAAAUAAUUUGUACCUUAAGGGUGUUGCAAACAAGCAAUUCGACGGAGUUUGCAUGUACAGCAGUUACAGCGGUUUACAGCUGUUUGUGGAAUUCUUUGACGGCGAAAAAAUAACACAGCUUAGAAGAAUUGGUACUACUGACAAGUCGCAGUGGAUUGAAUUGGAAAAACCGUUCACCUACAAAGAUGACAGACAACUGAAACGAAUACUCCAGUACAUACAAUUUUGCCUGAACAAGGAGAUACUUGUUAGGCUAGACCAACAGGGUGGAAACACCGAAGUGCGCAUAGUGGACGGUGAAACAACUGCUACUCCAAAGCCAAUCAAUGAAUAUGAGUUGAGUGUCAACAGAGGCUGUGAUUAUUCAGAGAUAAUCGACGGUUAUGUAUGCUAUACUCACAAUCUGAACGACUACUAUAACGUUUACGUUAAGAAUCAGUUAGACGACUUGAGAAUUCUGGGCGAAUCAUUUAGGCCUGAUGUGUAUCUAGAGUUGAGCCUAACGAUUGACAAUAAUCACAUAUACCUGUUUGACGAAUCGGGCUAUACCAGCGAAUUUCUGUAUUAUAAUCCAGAUAAGGAUGGCAAUUUGUACGUGUAUUUUUUACAAAGCAGCGGUUACGGGGAUCGUGGCCUAAAGCCACUCCUCUUUUACUAUAAUGGAAAAGCCUACAAACAAUCCAACUCUAAAGAUCAUAAUACUUAUUGGCAAAGGGUUAAUGUCAUCAACUCUUUGGCCCAGGUCGCCGUCACUCCGAAGUCUAUAAACCUGAAGGACGUGUUAGACGAACUCAAAACGUCUUCGAAAACAAACGCAGCUUCGACUGAGCCACCUACUCCGGGGGCCCUUCCCACUGUAAAACCGACAACGGGCGGAGGUAAAAGUGACGCCGGGGCACCUAAAAAUGACGGCGUAACACCUAAAAAUGAAAACAGCACCCAUUCGUUCAUAGGAGGGUCACUCGGCAUAUUUUUGGGCAUGCUAGGGAGUGCAAUUGCCAUCUUUUCCUUUUGGAAUAAGCCGACAACGUUCAACCGCAUGCGAUAA